AUGUCUGCUCUCUGCGUGGACCGGAGGGCGACUACACAUCCUGCGAUACCUUUGAACGCCGCCUCAUCAAAUAAAGACCGUCUUUUUCAGAGCGCCGGGAAAACAAGAGAAUUUAUUCCAGAUAUGGAGAAACACUUAAGUGAUUCCACACAACGUCAGGUCUUGGGAUUAGACCGGCAUUUGCUUAUGGAAGUUGGCUAA